UUCCUGAACUGCGUCAUGAGAACCGCUCUCUUACUUUUUAUUCAAUGUCUGGUUAUCGCCCAGGUAUGCUUUGAGCAGUCGUAUGGAGCUGAAUGUUUGUUAGGGAAUCUGGUGGAAACGUGCACUUCCUCUCUGCGAAACCUGCAACAGCGGUUUGAAAAUGAUGUACAUAAUCUUCGGCUGUCUUUUGACAUCAAAAUCGAUGAGCUUCAGAAGAAGGUGGAAAGUCGUGAUAGGCAAAUCGAGGAACUUCGUGCAAAUGUCAGUAGUCUCGCUUUUGAAUUCCCCAACCAAGUUGCAAGAAUAAUGAAUUUGGAAGACACUGUUGAUAUUCAGAGUUCCAACAUAAACAGUCUGCAAGAAGUCUUUACGCAAGCUGAACAAGACUUUUCGUCGUCUCUAGAUAAUUUGGAGACAAAGAUUUCAAUUAUUAACAGCACGGUGACUACUUUGAAUGCAGAUUUUCCUCUCGGACACGUUGUUGGUGACGAAACUAAAGGAGAAUUUGAUUCAGUUGCAGCCAACUGGCAAUUGUCUAGUUCAUCUGAGUUUGCUCCAAUCACAAAGGGUGGAAUGACGUUUAACGGGACAAGUUUCCGUGUGCCAGAAAAUGGCAUAUAUUACAUGUACGGUCUAGUGACUAUUCUUGAUGAUUCCAAGUUUUGCGGGUUCUCAAUUAAAGUUAAUGAUAACACAUAUCUGGAUACCAGUGAACGUGGUGAAGGUAUGGGAGAAAAUGUCGUCUUUGGAAGCCAAGCUCGCCGAAUAGAAGCAGAAGGAAUAGUUACAAUGUUCAUUAAAACUUGCAGAUACAAUUUUGAUCCGGUGAAAUCUUACUUUGGCAUUUUCUUGCUUCAACGUGAAUAGUAAGUAAUUUAUGAAAAUGGUAUGUGCAAGAAGGAUUUUGGAUGCUCUGAAUUUACCCAUGUUAGUGCUGGGCGUGUCUGUUUUGGCUUCUUUAGUUAUAGACUAGCGCACUUACUUGAUUUGAUGUAAUUGAGUAUUUUUGAUUAGGUGCAUGCAUGUGGUCUUGUAGUUACAAUUAGUCUCUGUUUGUCAAGUUAAACUGAGAAUUACAAUGAAU